GAAGACGCAAAAAACAUCCGGAAGAUUCCUCUCCUGGUGAAAUUUGCCAGAAUGCAAAUUUGGAUCAUUCUGUUCUGAUUCCCAAUCAACUCCCAUCUUCCACGGACCAGUACGGUAUUCGGACGUUGGAGCAUCGCCCUCUGCCACAGCAGCGCUGUCGGUAGCUCCGCAACUUCUCCGGACCUAGAGAUCCAUUCCGUUUACGGAGUAUACCCAAGGCCAAGCGCUUGCGUUGCAGCCGAUUAUUUCAUACUGCGUUCUAAUCGCAAUCUUCACCCUCAUUCAUUUGUUCGUCCCGUUUGUUAGGUCUGCAAGAUGCCAGCAGACUACGUCGUCCCGCGUUUUGAUAACACCCUCGGUGCUUUGCUCGUAGGCUUCGCUGUCUCUGCGACCGCGUUUGGAAUGUUGACCAUUCAGGUGUUUACCUACUAUAGGCGUUUCCCCCAAGACAAGGCUGCAUAUAAGGCUCUCGCUGCAUUGAUAUGGACAAUUUCUUUAGUCGAUCAAUCUUUCAUUGGUUACGCUGUGUAUUUCUAUACCAUCACAAACUAUUUGGAUCCGCUUCCAUUGGCUACGGGAAAACCUCAGUGGACUCUUAUACUGCAAAUGACUUUGGGUGCUGUUGUUGGUGCUAUUGUCAAGGCUUGUUUCACACUACGAGUCUGGAGAUUCAGUUAUAGAAAUUGGUGGCUUACGGGAUUCUUGUUCUUGAUGGUUAUUGCGCAACUUAGCACGGCAACAGUAUUUACUGUAAAAUGCUUCCAGAUAUCUUCUUUUGCCCAUAUGAUAGUUUUGAAGUCUUUGGGAAGCAUUUCCUUGGGCAUCGGAGUCGUUACGGACAUGAGCAUAGCUGCCGCACUGUGCUUUUACCUUCAGAAAAUGCGCUCAAGCCAUACAACAACUGCGGACUCCAUGAUUAAUACGUUAAUAAUAUAUGCGGUGAACACUGGUCUUCUUACCAGCACCAUCAGCCUGUCGACCCUCGUUUUGUUCAACAUCAUGCCGACGAACUUCGUGUUUAUAUGCAUGUAUUUUGUUCUGAGCAAACUGUAUGCGAUAUCAUUCUUGGCUACACUCAAUACCCGGAAAAUUAUACGAGGUCGCGGCACGGACCGUGAAGGAGGAAAGUCGACGAGUUUCAGUAUGGUCACCGAGUCCAUGCGGCCUUCAGUACGGAUCCCCAUGCAGCUGCCGAUGCCAACCAUUAGGGAGGAAUAUUGGCAGGACGUUGGUAGAAGCCAUGACUCGAAAUUCUUAACACCAAGUUCAACAAAACCCUACUCUUCGGGCUGGUAAUUUUCAACUAUCAUUCAUCAUCCUUCAUGACACCUCGGCCACCUCAUACUCUACGCACGAGUCGCGCCGAGUCGCGCUUUCUCAUUCAAUCUGGCUCUGCCGUUAUUCGUCUUUUCUUUCAUUCGCAAAAAGGCAGUGCCUGUUGCAGUCGGACACCCAACGUAGAUACAACCGCAACUUGGAAUUUUGAAGGAAGUUUGUAUAGCAUUACAAUAAAAACGCGCCAACGUUACGCGCUGUACUUGUUUCGUUCAGCGGAUACCGUAUGUGCGGAAUAUACUGUAUGGUACUUUUCGGAUUGCAAGAAAGACUGAAUGUACUCGAUACGACUCCUGGUAGUCUGUAUAACUUCUCCCGUCGUAGUAGGUUGACUCAGGUCGCGCAUUGACAUCGCCUCAACGUUCAACAUCUAUUAUUUAUAGGCCUCGUAAGGCUUCCGCCGAUCCCAGUGACACCUGGUGGGAACGAGCCUGAUGACGUAC